UUGAAGUUGCCGCAAGAGAUAUCAGUUAUUGGGCUUCCUCUAUGGAUUUGAAAAGGUGUUACACUCUGUAGUAUCCAAUUUCUAAAAUUAAUUAAAUAUUAUCUUGGCGAUUGCAAAUUAAAGUCAUUUUAUUUGGGAAUUUUGCUGGAGAGAUCACAUUAUACAAUUAGUCUUUGUUCUGUUUCUAAUGCCGACACCAACUAGUCAGUCAAACAUUUCGUCGAAUAGUUGAUAGACGAAAGCAACAAUUAAGUAUUAAAAACCCAGAGCCAUCCAUCAGCUAUGGCUUCUCUUUCACUUUCACCUUCACCGCCCUUACCCGUCAUUAUCAAUCGUAAUCGUACCACCGCCUUCUCCGCUUCUUCAAUCUCUCAAAACCCUUCUCGAAUUUCCUUCUUGGGAAAUCGUAAAGCAGCAAGCUUUCUUGUUAAAGCAGCGAAAUUGGAAAGGAGAGAGCUUCUCAUCGCAACUCUAGGAGGGUUCGGAGGUUUCUACUGCGGAUCGAAGAUGAGCCAAGCAACAGGGGAUUUGGGUGAACCAGCAGCAGCAUAUGCGGCCGAGACUUCUUCAGACAACAAGGUUGUGGAACUCACUCAGUUCCCGAUCACUCUUGACUCGGUGAUCAGCGUGGUUGUGCCGCGGCCCAAGAAGUCGAGAACCAAGAAGGAGAAGGAAGAAGAAGAAGAGGUGCUGGCGAUUCAGGGGAUUGAGUUCUUGGCAGACGAGGCUGUGAAGUUCGACGUGCACGUGAACGACGACGAGGACUCGCUGAGUCGACCCGACGAGUCCGAGUUCGCAGGAAGCUUUGUGUAUUUGCCGCAUAAGAGGAAGAGGGUGACGACCAGCCUCAGGCUUGGGAUCACGGACUUAUUGGACGACGUGGGCGCCGACGGCGAUGACAGCAUCAAGGUCACUCUGGUCCCUAAGUAUGUGAAACGACCUGUCACAAUUCGUCACAUCAAGAUCGAGUUUCUGAAGUAGCUUAGGAGUGGAGAGGAGAUGUGCCGUAUGAUCUGUUGUGAUGUCGUUUUUUGUUGUUGUAUUUUCUGUUGUUUAAUGCUUUCUGUAAUUCUGUUUGCUUUCGCUAAUUAGCAGUAAUUAUCCUUAUGGCUUUGUCUAUUUUUUUC